AUGCUCUCGCUCGUCCUCACGACCGUCGCCGCUUCGCGCGCGCAACGCUCGAGCAAUGAGCAGCUCGCAGCCGGCGUGCUGGUCGGCUCUGCCGCGGGCGGCGCCAGCUUCGCGGCGGUGCGGCAGAUCAAGACCUCCUACUUUCCUGGCGGGAUGGCUUACCGGCCUCUCCUUCGGCCCAGGUUCUCAGUGUCCCAGCAGGCUGCCGUCGCUGCUGGCGUGGCGCUUGCGAGUGGAGCCGCCGCACUCGACCGGGCCUGGCGGCGAGAUCCGCUCGGGCAGGGCCUGCGGAGGCUCGGCUCGGCGCCGCUGGACGCAACAGAGCGGAUGCGACGCAAGUGGCGAGAGGCGAGGCAGCGGGCAGAAGAGGAGCGACGCAGAGCCUGGCUCCGCGAGCACACACGGCCGGCGCGGGUCAUGAUCCCUUCCUGA